AUGGAGGUCAUCUCGGUCCACAACAAGCAACUGGAGAGCCUACAACCCGAAGAAACACAGCACCAGGACAGGCGAACACGAGACGCAACUAAAAUAGCGACAGCAAACGUAGCAGGUGAAACACCUGAACGCUACACAGACAUGCCAGACUAUGAAGCCAAACUUACCGCUAUCUUCGAAGCCUUCUGGGCACGGCUGGAGCACCGGGCACAGCUGAAUAAACCGAGCACAUGCUGGAGCAACAAGAGACAAGAAACAAGAAACCUAAGCAACACAGCCACCAGCGCCUUACUCAUAAGCAACUUAGGACCCCAAGAUGGCGCCGCAGGAGGAGAGACCCUCUGCCUGCAGGCAAAAUCAGGGGAAUGA